CAUACCUUAACGCUUAAUGGCUCCAGAUCCCGGGAGAGAACACUCAUCAAUCUUCAUUCUUUUCAUCUUACCCUACAUCCUGCUAUCAGGUUAUACACUUACCUUGGCGGGCCAUGGCAUCCUCAUAGGUAAUUUGUAUUACCUGUCUUCGGCAGCCUCGCAGUAUCUGGGCACACUGAACCACAGCUUGGGGUGUGUUUCCCAACUGGUCAAUUGGGUCACCAUACUCACAUAUCUGAUUGUUAUAUCACUCUUCCAGGGAGUGGGAAAGAGAAGGUCCAUUUUCAGAUCUAUGGGAGAUCCCAGAAGAAUCUGCCAGCAUGGAACCACUACCUUAUUUGUCUGAUUUUUGUACUUUGUAUCUAGUGGUUCCUGUGACAUGACUGUGGCUCCACAGGGUGUUGUGGUCUAGCUCUAGUGUUGCUGACAUGUUCUAACAGGUUGGGCUGGGCUGAGUGUCAGCUUGGGGUGGUAUGUGAGCAGGUGGAGCUGCUCAGGAGGGCAGGAAACCUGCUCAUGAAAUUCAAACAUGCCAAUGACAUAACAAGUAGCUAUUCAAUGCAACUGUAAUGAAGGACUCCACUAAAAUUAUGACUGCUUGAAGGGGCCACACUUUCAAAGAACUAUG